AUGCGCCAAUUCCUGUCGUUCAUUUGGCUUUCGUUGCUUUCUUUUCUUGUGAUUCCUUCUUCGGCAUCCUCCGCCGUCGAUUACCACGAGCAACUGAAUCUAAGACCGCUGCCUCUUUCAGCGCUCCUCGCUAGCUUCAACUUCCGCUCCAACACCACCCUCUCCGAAUUCGAAAAGGGCAACUUCCGUUUCUUCCCGCGAUCGCUCGGUCAGAUUUUGCAACAUGCCGGUACACGCGAGCUACACCUGAGAUUCAGCCUGGGGAGAUGGGAUUCGGAGACAUGGGGCGCCAGGCCUUGGGAUGGUGCGCGCGAGGGCGGUACCGGCGUUGAGCUGUGGGCGUGGCUUGAGACCGAGACUGAUGAAGAAGCCGACCGCAAAUGGCUGACCCUGACCAACGCCCUGUCGGGCUUGUUCUGCGCCUCCCUCAACUUCAUCGACGGCACCCGGACAACGCGGCCCGUCAUGUCUUUCCAGCCCGAAGGAGACCACUCGGCGGACAACAACAUGCACCUUCUUUACGGCGUGCUGCCACACGAGGUGGUAUGCACUGAGAAUCUGACCCCUUUCUUGAAACUCCUGCCGUGCAAAGGAAAGGCCGGGAUCGCGACGCUCUUGGAUGGACACAAACUGUUUGAUGCGUCGUGGCAGAGCAUGGCCAUUGACAUCCGCCCGAUCUGUCCUGAUAGCGGCGAGUGCGUCCUUCAGAUCGAACAAACCAUCGAUAUGGUCCUUGAUAUUGAUCGGUCCAAGCGACCCAGGGGCAAUCCCAUCCCCAGGUCUCCGCCGGGUGACCAACUACCGUGUGAUAGCUCGAAGUCUUACAACUCACACGACACAUGCUUCCCAGUGGAUCACACCAGCCAAGAAUGGACACUCUCCCAGAUCUUCGGGAAGACUGUCAAGGGCACCUGCCCCCUCGCGGACCCUGCCAUUCCGCCGGUCUGCCUCCAAGUUCCCCACUCCCGUAGCGUCUUUGUCUCGAAGGACGUCCACGAGAAAAAGAACUCGGACGGCGCCUCCCGCUGCUUCCAUAUCUCUCCCGACACUGAACUGGAGAUGAUGCUCCCCCGUCCCGACAAGGGCGCAUCCACAACCACCACGACCGACAUCGCCACGCCUGAAACCCCGCUCCUCUACGCCGAACGCAGUUUCACAGGCCACGGUCAGGAGCGCGGCGGCGUGCAGACCAUCCUGCGGAACCCGAGCCCCGACACCGAGGUCGAGUUCAUCUACAUGGAGUCUCUCCCCUGGUUCAUGCGCAUUUUCCUGCACACCAUGGAAACCCGAAUCGCAGGCCAGCCCCACGCGAAUAAGUCUCUGGUCCAACAGGUCUACUACCGCCCAGCGCUCGACCGCGCCCGCGGCACCCAGCUCGAGGUGCGCAUGCGGGUGCCGGCCGCGUCGACCGUGUUCCUGACCUACGACUUUGAGAAGUCCAUCUUGCGCUACACUGAAUACCCGCCGGACGCGAACCGCGGCUUUGACGUCGCCGCCGCCGUCAUCACCAUCCUGGAUCCGCCACCAAAGGAUGGCCGCUUUGCCGCCUACACCCUCCGCACCACCUCGCUGCUGUGCAGCCUGCCGACCCCCGACUUCAGCAUGCCGUACAACGUGAUUAUCUUCACGUCAACGGCUAUUGCGCUAGCGUUUGGCGGUCUCUUUAAUAUCGUCGUCCGCCGGUUUGUCGCCGCCGACGAAGCCCAGGCCACUGGGCUGGGGGUGGUGCUGGCGCGGUUGAAGAGCCGGUUGGUGAGCGCCGUGAAGGGUUGA